AUAUUCUGCGCCUUUUCUGCUGUGCGUGCAGUCUCAGGGGCAUAGUUCCAGCCUCGCCUCGCUGAUGCCAUCGAUUCUAAACUAUAACUAUCGCAUCCACCUCCUACUGGAGCUCGCAAGGGAUUUCAUCCCACCUCUCCUUAUCGCCUCUGUUCUGCUCUCGUUCCUUCCGUCUCUGCUCUCCGAUGGGUUCUUCUUACGAAGUCUCUGGCGCCUCUUGAUAUGUCUUGCAUAUUGGACGGUGAACGUCAAAUACGCAGACUGGAAGAAUCAUAACGAGGCAAAGAAAAUGGGUGUGGUGUACCUUCCUAGGCUGAAGGGAAAAUGGCCCGGGAAUUUGGAUAUUGCUUUAUCACAGGCACAACUCUCCGAGGAAGGAUAUGUUCUGGAGAAUUUUGAGCGUAUGUUUACGUCGCUUGGAACCGGGGAUGAAGUGACAACGUUCAACCUUGGAACGCUUUGGGAGGAUAUCUAUGUAACAAGGGACCAUAGGGUCAUGCAGACGGUGCUAGCUACAAGCUCCGAUUACUUUUGGAAAGGACCUGACCUGCGAAUCAAGACUCAAGGGUCGUUCGGUGACGGGAUCUUCGUAGUGGACGGUGCCGAGGCAAAGGCCCACAGAGCCUUGACACGCCCCUUCUUUGCCCGUGAACGUGUCCAAGACUUCAACAUUUUCGGACGGUACACUGAGAAGGUUCUCGCCCAUCUCCUUGCCCGAUUCAACAGCUCCCAAGCCAUAGACAUCCAAGACAUUUUUUCCCGAUUCACCAUGGAUGCAGCAGGCGAAUUUCUCUUCGGCAGUACAACUUUCAACACACUUGACCUUCCCCUUCCUCCCCCCAACAAAAAAUCCAAACUGGGUCCAAAAGGAACCGAGCUUGAGGGUUCCUAUGGUUCAUUCAUUUACGCGUUCGAGAAGUUGCAGGAAAUCACGCUUAUUCGAAAUCUGAGAGGGCCUUUGAAGGUUUGGGGGUUGAUGGAAUUCUGGAAAGAUGAGACGAAGAUCCAUAGGUUAGCUGUUGAUGCAUUUAUUGAUCCUCUUAUCGAGGAUGCUUUGAAGGAAAAAAGGAAGAGGGGGAUGAAGCAGUGUGAUCCUGAUGAAGGAAAUCUAGUAGAUCAUUUGGUGGAUAUGACGAGUGACUUGAAGUUGAUUAGGGAUGAGCUGUUCAACAUCCUUACGGCAGCUCGGGAUACAACUGCUGCGCUGCUAACAUUCACCACAUACCUGCUUUGCUUACAUCCGGAUGUAAUGGCGAUAUUACGAAAAGAAGUACUGACACAUGUCCCCAAUGGGCCCCCGACUUUCGAUGACGUCCGAAAGAUGAGAUAUCUGCGCGCUGUUCUCAACGAAACACUCCGUCUCUUCCCUCCCGCCCCACUAAACCUUCGCUCAUCGAGAUUAUCGACACUCCUUCCUGCUGACCAAACCACCAAUGGAAAACUCAUCUACAUUCCUGGUGGUACGACAGUCUUGUUCAUGCCACUACUCAUGCAGCGUCGGAAAGAUCUAUGGGGCUCUGAUGCGGACGAAUUCGAUCCUGAAAGGUGGAUUGACAAGGAGAGGGUGAAGAAGAUGACUGAUGAUCCAUUUAUGUUCCUACCUUUUAGCACUGGGCCAAGGAUUUGUCUGGGUCGGAACUUCGCGUACAACCAAGCAAGUUUUAUAAUGAUUCGAAUACUCCAAACAUUUGACACAUUCACCCUCCGCCAACAAGAAGAUGCGCCUGAUGGUUCAUGCCCGCCCGCAUCAUGGAGAGGCGCACCAGGUAGAAAGGGGAUCGAGACGAUAUGGCCGAAAAUGUCUAUUAGUUUGUUCAUCAAAGGAGGAUGCUGGGUCCAUAUGAGUAUCGCGGAUAGCUAGAUUUGAGCUCUUUCAGCUGCCUGAUUUUCCAGCAGAAUGAACGAAUUGUUGAUAUGGCAUUCCGAUGCCCUUUGUGCCGAUG